AUGUCUGAUAGCGAGUCAUAUUCCGAGCGCGAGCCCAACGCUUUCGACGAGGAGUCAUCGGACGGUCUCUUUGACUCCGAUGGUGAAGCGGCAGGCCUGGUGCCGAGGGCGGGAGCGAUACCGACGUCGAGAUACUCGGCGAAGGGCCCAGCUCUAUCCCGACGCACGGAAUCGGAAAGGGACUGA